AUGUCGCCGUACGCCGGAGUGCGGCUCGGCAAGAUGAGUCCGCAGCCCAACUUGGAGCCGCUGCGCGCGAUCAUGUUCGUAGGGUCGCCAAUCGACCGCCCUACCCUACUGGAGCUGGAGACCAAGUUCCGGCUGAGGGCGGUGCAGGUUUACGGCAUGACGGAAGUCCUGAUGACGCUGAGCGACACCAGAAACAACCCCGCGCCGCUGGGUUCCGUGGGUCGCCCGCAGCCUACCGUGGAGAUCAAGGUGGUGGACACGCAGACGGGGGAGGCGCUGGGACCGGGUAAGGAGGGGGAGCUGUGCUUCCGCGGUCCGAUGGUGACCCGCGGCUAUUACAACGACCCCGCCGCCACCGCUGCCGCCAUCGACGCGGAUGGCUGGUUCCACACCGGCGACGUCGGCUACUACGACGCAUCUGGUCUCUUCUACGUCACAGACCGCAUCAAAGACUUCAUCAAGUACAAGGGGGAACACGUGCCGUCUGCGCAUCUCGAGGCAACCCUGCUGAAGCACCCGGCGGUGCUGGAGGCUGCCGUCGUGGGGAUUCCCAACCCUGAGACCACGGAGCUGCCCCGAGCGUACGUCGUCGUCAAGCCCGGCGUGGACGUAUCUGCCGAAGAACUAGUCAGUUUCGUCAGCAAGGAAGUUUCUGAUCACAAAAAGCUCCGCGGAGGAGUUAUCUUCUUGGACAAACUGCCAAGGACGGCCACAGGAAAAACGUUUAAGAGGAUCCUGAGAGAACUGGCUACAAAGGAUGUGGAUGAAUAA